ACCCCGCGAACCACAGUUGCAACCGCUUGUCUCUGCUUUUAAACCCUAAAAAUCUAAUUCGAAAUUCUUAAACAACAAUGGCAGCAACCGCACGAUGCAAGCUCCGAUCCGUUGUAUUCAAUCAUCCUCUUCAUACCCGCCAUUUCGCAACCUCGAUCUUGAACCCUGAUUCCAAAACCGCGCUCUCCAGCAAAGAGAAAUCUCGUACAGCUCUCUCUCUGCUCCGAACCGAGACCAACCCGGAACGCAUCCUCGACAUAUGCCGAGCCGCCGCGCUAACUCCUGAGUCUCACCUCGACCGACUCGCCUACUCCAAGGCCAUCUUAAAGCUCCGCAACUCCAAUUACUUUGGGGGAAUUCGUGAGCUCCUUGAAGAAUAUAAGUCCCGACCCGAUUUCAGAUCCGAAAGGUGCAUUUCCCACUUUGUCGUUCUCUAUGGGCAAGCCGGCAUGCUCGAUGACGCCAUGAAGACCUUUGAGAAAAUGGAGGACAUGGGGAUCGAACGAUCGGUGAAAUCACUCAACUCUCUCCUGUUUUCUUGCCUUUUAGCUAAAAAUUUCGGAGAAAUGAAGAGGGUUUUUGUUGAAUUUCCUAAAAAAUACACGAUUGCCCCCGACCUAGAUACCUAUAAUACAAUGAUUAAGGGGUUUAGCGAGUCGGGUUCUACCAGCUCUGCCUAUUCCAUAUUGGAUGAGAUGAUUAGAAAUAAAGUCAGGCCAAAUGCCACAACUUUUGGAAACUGUCUUGCAGGUUUUUACACGGAGGAGAAGUUUGAGGAUGUCGGGAAGGUUUUGGAUAUGAUGAGUCAACACGGUGUUUCACCAGGCAUUGCUAUUUAUAACAUAAGGAUUGAAAAUUUAUGUAAGCUCAAGAGGUCAAAGGAGGCAAAGGCAUUGCUUGAUGGAAUUUUGUCCAGGGGGUUUAAGCCGAAUUCUUUCACUUAUGCCCAUUUGAUCCACGGGUUUUGUAAGGAAGGCGAUUUGGAAGAGGCAAAGAGUAUGUUUAAAAAGAUGGCUAACAGUGGAUGCCAACCGGAUAGCGAGUCAUACUUUAGGCUGGUUUACUUCUUAUGCAAAGGUAAAGAUUUUGAGGAUGCAAUGAAAUUUGCAAAGGAAUGUAUGGAAAAGGGCUGGGUUCCUAAUUUCUCGACUAUGAAGAUGCUCGUGGAUGGGCUUGCAAGUAUUUCAAAGGUUGAGGAAGCUAAGGAAAUCAUUUCACAGUUGAAGGAGAAGUUUUCUAGAAAUGCUGACAAGUGGACUGAGAUUGAAGAAGGGCUACCCAAGUAGGAGGGAAAUGUAUCAUGGUAAACUCUUAUCUUGGUUUUGAAUAAUGAUUUGGUGUCAUGAUUAGCUUCUAAAAUAGUUAAAGUCGAUGCCCUUGUUGGAUUAAUUCUCUUCUACAGUGGUCUUUUUCUCAGUUACAUUUUCUCCAUUAUUACUUGGACUUGAUUUUGAAGCAACUUUCCUCUUGUUCCCAUUCUAAGCUAUUUGAGUUUUGAACAUGAGGAAGCUAUAUCACCUCCCAAUCUCACAGCACAUAAAUGUGAUAUUCAUUUCUUCCCAAAAUGCGCUGUAUGUAAUAUAAAAAGUUAAUAGGUUUUUUGUGUAAUCCCAUGAGUAAUGAGUGGCAUCACUAUGUUUUUACAAAUACUACGUGUGUAUUUUUUUCUUGAAUGGUUUGUAGUUCCAUGCUAUAUUUUCUUUUACC